AUGGGGAAGCCAGCUCAAUUUACAGUCCAGUUGGACACCAAGAAAAAUUUGCUGCCCUACAAUUACAUCAAGAAAGCUAACAGUAACAUAAUUUUGAUGCAACACUUACCCGAGGCAUUUAAUUUCUGGCUGAAAAUACCUGACGACAAACUCCGAGUGAUCAUGGAGGCCGCGGGCUACUUGGUGCAAGCAGCUGUUUUAUUGGAUGACGUACAAGACGGAACUCAAUACCGUCGCAACCUGCCCUCCACGGACAGAAUCUACGGCAUCCCAUUGUCAGUCAAUUCUUCCGUAUUCUGCUUGAUCGUCGCACUUGAGAAGCUUAAAAAUCUACAAAAUUCGGCAGUUUUUGAUAUUUAUUGCAAGGAAGUUAAGUCUGCUUUAGACGGAAUUGCGGCAGAUCUCUACUGGAGGGACGCCUUUGUUUGUCCAACUGAAGAUGAAUACAAGGCAAUGGUUAUAAAAAAAACUGGAUCGUACUUGUUAUUAAAGUUUGGCCUGAUGCAGGCGUUCAGUGCAAACCGAGGGGACUAUCAUGAGCUGCUAAACACCUUGGGUCUAUAUUACCAAAUCAGAGACGAGUAUAUUAAUCUCACGAAAUUGGAGGCGCUGGAAGGAAAAUCAAAUCAGCAUGAGCUCAUGGACCUGAAAAACUUAAUGUUUUGCGAAGACAUCACUGAAGGCCGGUUUACCUUUCCGCUCAUUCACGGCCUCAACUCCAGCGAGGGACCGACUAUUAGGAGUAUUCUAGUUCAGCGCACCAGUGACAGUAUAAUCAAGCAGCACUGUCUCUCCCUGCUGGAGAAGGUCGGCAGUUUGGACUACACCAGACGGACUCUACACGACCUCGACGGUGACUUGAGAGAACAGCACUGUCUCUCCCUGCUGGAGAAGGUCGGCAGUUUGGAUUACACCAGACGGACUCUUCACGACCUCGACGCUGACUUGAGAGAACAGGUACAUAAUAUCAGGUAUUCUAGUUCAGUGCACCAGUGA